AUGCAUCGCGCGCGUCAUCGACUCCGUAAUAAUACUCUGCACACUCGCUGUAUUUUUGUUAGCCGUACUGUUAUCGUGCCGCCGCCCUCUCUCGCUCGACAAUCUAAUCGACACCGUUUCUGGACUCGCGCUUGCUCAUUGCACCAGCUGAAGCGUCCCAUCCGCUGUCCGCGCCUCGCUCCCCCUCGCUCCCCCUCUCUCCCGCCCGUACGGACAGCGCUGCCUCCCGCUGGCAACCUACAUAUUGCUUCUCGCUGUCGGCCUGCUGCCUUUACCAUUCUGCGUAUCAUCUAUUUUUCCACGGCUGCGAACCUAAACAAGCCCUCGAGACAUUUUCUUGUGUCACAGCCCCAUGACGCGCCUACACCAAACACACACACACACACACACACUGAUACCUACACGUGGUUAGAUCCGACAGUCUAA